CUGAGCUUCAGGCUGUGGCGUCAGCAGUGUGUAGGUGUGGUUUGCUGCAGGAAGUCUGUAUUUAAGGAGGUGUUGCUGCAGACUGACUUCACUUCUUUAGCUCAGCAGCAGACCAGCUCCUCUCUCCAUAGCCAACCAUGGCCUGCAAAAUUACCCGAAAUGCCCUCCCAUCAGAAUCAAACACAUACAAUAAUAAGGAAAUCCGGAUUGUGAUGGUGGGGAAGACCGGAGCUGGGAAGAGCGCCACAGGAAACACCAUUCUGGGAAAAAAGUCCUUUAAAUCAGAGUUCGCUUUUAAAUCUCUGACUAAAGAAUGUGCUAAGGCCUUUGGUGUAAUGGAGGGACAAAGAUUUGCUGUUAUUGACACUCCAGGUCUGUAUGACACCAAGAUUGAUGAAGAGAAGACCAGAAAAGAUGUUGGCCAGAGCAUUUCUUAUGCUUCUCCUGGACCCCAUAUCUUCCUGAUCGUCAUCAGACUGGGCAGAUUCACAGAGGAAGAAAAGCAGACAGUGAAGAAGAUUCAGGAAAUCUUUGGAGAGGAAGCAGACAGAUACAGCAUGGUUCUCUUUACCCACGGUGAUCUGCUCGAAAGGAGACCUAUUGAAGAGUUCUUGGAGCAGAGUGAAGAUCUGCAGGAACUUGUAGGUAAAUGUCACGGCCAGUACCACGUCUUCAAUAAUAAGGAGAAGGAUCGUUCUCAGGUCAGAGAGCUGCUCAACAAGAUCAGACAUAUAACAGAGAAGAACGGAGGAAGCCAUUACACCACAGAAAUGUUCCAGGAGGCCGAGAGGGCCAAUGAUGAGGUAAUCCGGAUUGUGAUGGUGGGAAAGACCGGAGCUGGGAAGAGCGCCACAGGAAACACCAUUUUGGGAAAACACUCCUUUAAAUCAGAGUUUUCUUUUAAAUCUUUGACUGAAGAAUGUGAAAAAGCCUUUGGUGAAGUGGAUGGAAAAAAGGUUGCUGUCAUUGACACUCCAGGUCUGUUUGACAACAGGAUGGAUGAAGAGAAGACCAAGAAAUCUAUUGCUCAGAGCAUUUCUUAUUCUGCUCCUGGACCCCAUAUCUUCCUGGUUGUCAUCAAACUGGGCAGAUUCACAGAGGAGGAAAAGCAGACAGUGAAGAAGAUUCAGGAAAUGUUUGGAGAGGGAGCAGACAGAUACAGCAUGGUUCUCUUUACCCACGGUUAUCUGCUCAACGGGAGACCUAUCGAAGAGUUAUUGGAGGAAAGCGAAGAGCUGAAGGAACUUGUGGACAGAUGUAACGGACAGUAUCACGUCUUCAAUAAUUAACCUGGAGAGGAUCGUUCUCAGGUCAGAGAGCUGCUCGACAAGAUCAGACAUAUAACAGAGAAGAACGGAGGAAGCCAUUACACCACUGAAAUGUUCCAGGAGGCCGAGAGGGCCAUAGAGGAGGAAAAACAGAGAAUCCUAAAAGAGAAAGAAGAAGAAAUACGCAAAGAGAAAGAGGAAAUGGAGAAGAGAAUAGAGGAAAAGUAUGAGCAACAAAGAAAGGAACUGAAAGAUGACAGAGAGAGGUUGGAAAAGCUACGUGAAACUAUGCAAAGAGAAAUGGAGGAGGAAAGGAGGAGAUUGAGAGAAGAGCAGGAAAGUAGGGCCAGGAGUGAAGCUGAGUACAGCUAUUUAACAUUCUAUCUCUUGAAAUUCAUAAAGGCCAUCCUUUCCAGUGUAGGAUUAAGAAUAUAGCUGAUUUGCAUGAAACAGUCAGGAUCGAUGCUGGACGGCAGCAGAUUUAUCAAACCUUUGACUGACUGCUCGUUAAUCUUCAGUCCCCCUUUUUGAAUUUCGUGUUGUGACUUAAAGUUUCAUCAGUUAUAUCAGGGGUGAGUUGUGACCAAAUACUAAACAGUGUCACAGAAUGUCCAGAACAAUCAUGAUAAUAAUUAAUAAUAAUUAAUCAACUGAACAAUGUUUUUCAGAUGUUGUGUUUUCAUUGUUUGAUUGCUUUUGCUUUUGGGAAGAAGAAUAAAAAGGUAGUAAGGGUUGUACUUUAUCCUCCUCCUCCCCCUAGGUCAUGCAAAUCUCUCUGAAAUGUAGUAAGUUAAGCUGUAAGUCAUGUAGGGGAAAGCUUGACAGUGAAAGUUGUGGGUCUGCGCUCAAUGGCUUUGCUGUGGAGGCGCGAUGAAGGCGCAGCAAAUUUCGUUCCUUUUUAAAACCAUAACGAUGGCAGCCGAGACACUCGCCAUGGAACAGGAAGUAGUUGUAACUUCAUUGUACAGUCUCCAAACUACCAAAUGUGGUGUGCUUGAUGAGUCAUAGCACCACCUACUGGCAACAGGAAGUCAGCCUCAUGUGAAAACAUGAUGAAAUAACAAUGCAUAACGUUCUGUUUGUUAAGAGGGUCUCUAUAGCGCCACAUAGUGGACAUAUCAAGUGGUGCAAUGUGUGCAAUAUCUGCAAACAAGGACUUGUGUGAACAGGCCCUGGAGACUUUCAUUUGGCUUUGAAGCCUUUCAUACCCAAAGUCAAUUUAAAGAAUGUAAUGAAAUGUAAUCUUUUAUUUCGGGAUGUUUCUGUGGAUGUUUUGUGGUUUAGUGGGUCAUUUAUCUCAAUAAGGUAACAAACGUGUGGAGAGCAUGCACGUUUCUCAGGCCAUCCCUGGGACUCCACCACUAACACUGAUAACCAUGCAGAGACUGUGGAUCAUGUGUGUCUCAGUGAUCAUGAAAUAAAGCUGACAAUAAAUGCUUCACUGACAUCA